UCCUCUUUUUUUUGUUCCACAAAUUUCUCGCAAGAAUUGUCACUCCACCUGAUGAAGGGUGGUGGUUCAAUCAGGAAACCAGCUCAUUUUCCAUACCCAGAUGCCAUUUCUCUUCUAACCACCUUUCCUUUCUCUUUCUCUGCAAUUUCUGUCUCUCAUUUCCCUGUUCCAAAUUCCAAGAAAAUCAUCUCCCUCGCUCCUGGAUUCAAGGAAAAUGCAAUAAAUUUUCAGGAACACAGACGGAGAGAAAAAAAGAUUUGAGCUUUUUCUGUGAUUGCUGCCAUUUUUGAAUUUCUGGAUUUCCUGUUGAGCGCUGGUGUUGUCUUGCCCCCAUAAAUGUCAUCAAAGCCUGUCAAGAGGCCAGACUUAGCUGAGAUGAGCUACUUUUCAUCAGAAAAAUCACCAUAUCGACCCAAAAAGACGGAUGAUGUUGCCAAUAGUGGUGCUGAUUCAGCCAUUGGUCCACUGUAUGAACUCGAAAAAUUGCAUCAAGCAGCAAAAGUUUGUGUUGAUUCAUCUCAGAAUUCAGCAUAUAAACCAGGACAUAUGGAUCCAAUCUCCAAAAGGAAGCCGAAUUUGACAAUUGACCCUCCCUCUGGUCCCAAGAAACUGGACGCAUUUGCCAAGAUUGUUUCUGAUUCAACUAGCAACUAUAGCCUAAUCCUAAGCCCAAGGACGUCUCCAAAAUCUGAAUUCCCAACAACUUCAUCAGGAAUGACAACAGGAACAGCAGGGCUAACACCAGCUAACACAAAGACAAACAGUGCAAAGACUACCAGUUCCUUCACCAACAAUGGCCAAGGGAGUGGAAAUAGCUCUCACAGUGACAGUUUAGAGAGCUCCAGCGCACCACUUAAGCCGCAUACUGGUGGUGAUGUACGGUGGGAUGCCAUUAACAUGGUUUCCAAAGGUUCCCCUCUAAAUCUUUGCCAUUUUCGGCUUCUGAAGCGCAUCGGCUAUGGAGAUAUCGGGAGUGUCUAUCUUGUCCAACUUAGAGGAACUAAGGCCUACUUUGCCAUGAAAGUCAUGGACAAGGCCUCUCUUGCCAGUAGAAACAAGCUUCUGCGAGCACAGACCGAAAGGGAGAUACUAGGACUUUUAGACCACCCAUUCUUGCCGACUCUAUAUUCUCAUUUUGAGACUGAUAAAUUCUACUGCUUGGUCAUGGAAUUCUGUAGUGGAGGUAAUCUUCAUUCACUGCGGCAGAAACAACCUAACAAGUAUUUUACUGAGGAUGCUGCACGGUUUUAUGCAUCAGAGGUGUUGUUAGCAAUUGAGUAUCUGCAUAUGCUAGGCAUUGUAUACAGGGAUUUGAAGCCAGAGAAUGUGCUAGUGAGAGAAGAGGGUCAUAUCAUGCUUUCGGAUUUCGAUUUAUCCCUGCGUUGUUCUGUCAGUCCUACACUUGUCAAGUCCUCUUCUAUCCAUGUAAGCAAUGGUGGCGGUGGUGUUGCUGGGGGAUUUUUAGAUGAUGAGCUUGCAGUGCAUGGUUGCAUGCAGCCAUCGAAUUUCCUUCCCCGCAUUUUACCAAGUAAAAAGAAUCGUAAAUCGAAGUCAGAUUUUGGCCUCUUUGUUGGAGGCUCCCUUCCUGAACUGAUGGCAGAGCCGACAAAUGUGCGCUCAAUGUCAUUCGUUGGAACACAUGAAUAUCUAGCACCUGAGAUAGUCCGUGGAGAGGGUCAUGGCAGUGCAGUGGACUGGUGGACAUUCGGCAUCUUCUUAUAUGAGCUGCUGCAUGGAACAACUCCCUUCAAAGGGUCAGGAAAUCGUGCCACGCUCUUCAAUGUUGUAGGCCAGCCACUUAGAUUUCCUGAGACUCCACAGAUAAGCUUUGUGGCUCGUGAUCUGAUCAGAGGACUUUUGGUGAAGGAACCACAUAAGCGGAUUGCAUACAAAAGGGGUGCUACAGAAAUAAAACAACACCCAUUUUUCGAGGGAGUGAACUGGGCACUAGUGAGAAGCGCAAUGCCUCCCCACAUUCCUGAACCUGUAGACUUUUCGCACUAUGCUAGCAAAGAGGCAACCACUGCAGAGAAGAAGAUGGCGGAAAUUAUUGGAGCUGACAAAAACAUCAAUUUUUCUAAUGAUUCUUAUAUAGAUUUUGAGUACUUCUAGAGAGAAAUCCCGUAAUUUUUCGAUGACAAUAUAUAUAUAUAUAUAU